CACACUCUCUCCCUCUGUAAGCUCUUUUAGUUUUCUUUUAUUUUUUGGUUUUCCACUCUUAGCUUUUUGCUUUGUCUGCUCGAAGAAGAGCUCUGCAUUGGGGUCCAUCUCUUUUUUAAAAAAAAAGAAAAAAAAAAAAAAAAAAAACGAAAUUGGGUUUCAAGAAUCUCAGCGAUCCCUUUGGGGUGGGUCUUUAUAGGGUUCAUGGGAAAAAGGGUUUUAUUCCUUUCUCACUUGUAACCUCUCUUUUUUUUUCUGUCUAUCAUUUCUCUCUGAAAAUCUCUGGGGUGUUUGUAGCUUGGACAUGGCAGUGGAUGAGUUAGCGGUUUUGUCCUUGAAUUCUCUGCCUCUGGGUUUUAGAUUUCGACCCACGGAUGAGGAACUUGUAGACUAUUACUUGCGCUCGAAGAUCAAUGGGGAUGAGAAACAAGUCACUGUUAUACGCGAAAUUGAUGUUUGUAAAUGGGAGCCCUGGGAUUUGCCCGAUUUAUCCGUGAUAAAGACAAACGAUCCGGAGUGGUUCUUCUUCUGUCCACAGGACCGAAAGUACCCAAAUGGGCAUCGGUUAAAUAGGGCUACGACUGCAGGUUAUUGGAAGGCUACGGGUAAAGAUCGAAAAAUCAAGUCUGGUACAACCUUGAUUGGAAUGAAGAAGACCCUGGUCUUCUACACGGGACGAGCUCCAAAGGGUAAGAGGACCAGUUGGGUAAUGCACGAGUAUCGUCCUACCUUGAAGGAGCUUGAUGGUACGAACCCUGGUCAGAAUGCAUUUGUCCUUUGCCGAUUGUUCAAGAAACAAGAUGACACUAUUUCAAACUGUGAUGAAGCUGAAAUAAUUGUUCCAUCUCCUGCCAAAUCUUCUCCUGAAGAUCCACAGUCUGAGCUGGUAGUGCCUCCUGCAUCUCCAUCUGGAAGACAAGCUGAAAAUUCGGAUGGAACAGCAUCUGACGUAGUUGUGUCCCAUGAGUAUGGUUGUGAUGCAGAAGAUCAAGCUACGGAAGAAGCAGAUGCUGAGCAUGUUGAUCUGCAGCUGCAACAAGACUUGGAAAACAUGUUUUAUGACCCCCCACUUGGACAAUUAGAUUGCAAAAUCUUUUCGCCUUUGCACUCACAGAUGCAAGCAGAGCUUGGAUAUUGUCCUGUGGUCAAUGACUCAAACAGUGGUAAAACUGGAGUGCAGUUUCCGUAUGGCACCAAUGAGUCAGAUGAAAUUUCUAAGUUCCUGGACUCAAUUCUUAACGUUCCAGAGGACUGCGACAAUGGUCAAUUGAAUAUGGGUGAAAUUGGUAUUAAGGCUGAAGCAAAAGCAGAAUGUGGAGUGGCCAAGGGAAUGUUUGAUCAUGAAUAUCAAGAUUCUUGGGGAUUCAUUAACAAAAGGGCUCCUACUUCCAUGGAAACUUUGGAAGAUUAUGCAGGAGUAACCUCGUCUUUGCCCAAAGCUUCUGCGGCAUCUGGCAAUCAGUUGAAUGAUGAUAAUGUAACUGGAAUAACGAGAAGGAUUCGCCAAUGGCCGAAUCCACCAAGCAAUGAAAACUCUGUGUUUCGUCAGGGUGAAGCACCGAGAAGAAUACGUUUCCAGUGUAAACUUCAGGUGGGAUCAGUUAGCUGCGGUCCAAUGGCCAGAGAUCAUAGGAUCCGGAAACCUGAAGAAGAAUUAAAACCAGCUGUAAAAGAGGAGGAAAAAGCUUCAGAACAGCAUGCAAAUGGUAUGGAUGAACCCGAGAAGCUGUCUCUUUUUUCCAAAUGCAGAGUAGGAAACAGCGAAACACCUCAAGAGCAGGAGGAAAAAGCUUCAGAACAGCAUGCAAGUGGUAUGAAUGAGCCCGAGAAGCUGUCUCUUUUUUCCAAAUGCAGAGUAGGAAACAGUGAAACAUCUCAAGAGCUGGUCACGACCAUUAGACCUAGCUGGAUGUCAAAGGCAGGCAAAAAGGUCUAUUCUGCACUGUGGAAGGCUCCUGCUGGUUACUCAAUCUGGUUAUUUAUGUUUAGGGUAGUUGGGUGUGUAGUCUUGUUCACAGUCUCUGCUAGCCUAUGGAGAUGUCUUAAAUUUUGAAAAAUGCUUGUGAGUCCCUGUCUGCGUGUAUUAUUAGUCCCUGAUACAUUCUAUGGGGGGGGCUCAAUCGAGGCUUAUAAAAUAAGUUUUGUUAGGUUUGUUAAUAUUCGUAGCUACAUCUAUAUAUAUAUAAUUGUAGCAGUACAUUAUGGUAGGAACCAGUGUUCAUAUCUAUUUCUGUACAGAAGUCGACUUUUGCUUCCUUGUGUUGUAAACUUCUAAUUUUAGUUAAUGACUUGGUGUAGUUACGCAGCUAUAGAGUUGCAUGUAUCUAUUUAUGGUGCAUAUAUUAAAAUGAUAAAUAUUUUAUAUUA